CAAGCAAAAUACAUUGGUACGAAAACAUAACAACGCGCAGCAGCAGCAGCAGCUUUAGGACAGGUACCUAUAUAUACGUGCAUAUAGGUGUACAAUAAAAAUCGCGGAGCCUCGCAGUGGAAACGUGACUGCUGCGGAUCGAUGAUCAGUGCGCGCGGCCGAGAGCCAAUGUAAAUUAAAACGAGAGCUCCUCUGCCCCGGCCGUACAGACGUGACUGUGUGUGAGUGCGUGCAGAGAUCGUGUGGACAUGUCGUUACGAAAGGAGCAGACAGUGCAGUUGGUGCGUUUCGAGAAGGAUGACAUGAUCGGCGCGUACUGAGCAACGAACGGCAACUGUAUUCAAUACCCAGUACCUAUCCAAGUACUUAUAUACCCCACUCACACACUCAUACACGCGCACGAGUAAAAGUCCGAGCUGUCUGUGAAGCGACUUGUUAUUUAGUUCGAUCUCAACAUGGCCGUCGUAAGCGAUAUACAGUGUCGUUUUCCAGCUUCGGCGCCUGUUACAUUAUCAAACGGAGAUCGAUACUCUCCGUCUCGAGGCAUCAGCGCUCUCGUAACGCUCUCUAAAUAAAACCUGUCAGCAGGUGUUUAAUCGGACCGGUGCUGCUGCUGCUAUCUGCCACUGCUACUGUCACUCGCUACGGCUAUACCGAUGCUGAUUGCUGAUGCUGCUUCUGCUUCGGCUGCUACUGCUGCUGUUGUUUUUCCACGACGAGCUGUCAUAACGUGAACAACGACACUGUGUGCUGUCGUCGUCGUCGUCGCCGCUGUUUUUACUAGCUAAAAGCAACGGAACUCGCGCGACGGAUUGUUCAGCGAUGUUGAAUCGUAACUGGAAGUGGAAGAGCAAUCCAACAAUUGCGAAGCGUCGCAAUGAUCAUCGUAAUUCCUCGCAAAUAAGCUUCUGCUUAUAGUUUAUUUUAUUUUUGUUAUCAUGUCGUGAAAGCCUAUUGACAUCGCAGGAAAUCUUUAACUAGGUGUAGAGAUUAGCAUGGGAUUGUUUGACAUUGCUUUCCUGGCGCUUGCUGCAUUUUCUUGUGGAGUAAUAUGUACCCUCAUUGUGCAAUUCAUAUUGUUCAAAAAGUACCUGGAGUCGGGUACGCAGGCCACACCGCCAAAGUUUCCUAUUCCCCCCAGCCAACCAGUACUACCAGAGGAACUGAUAAAUCAGAUCAAAGAUGCCAAGGCUGCCAGCGUCUGUGGAGGAUCACCUAGGCAGAGCUUAUCGCAAGGCAGUGAAAAUUUAGCUAUUAACCUAGCUCUUCAGUUUCUUUUUAACGAAUUGAGAAAUGCAGAACGAGUACGUCUGUGGUUGUACAGAAAGCUUAACAAUGAAUUCAAAGAAUUGGUCAAUCAAUCUACAACGGGGAAAUUGUUUGAUAGUGUACAGUUGCGGGACUUGAAUCUAGGUAAUCAAUUUCCUGUCAUAAAAGGCUUGGAGGUAUGCGAAGCCAAAGUAUGCCCAGACACUGGAUUGCUAGAAACGCUGGAUCUCUGCUUAGAUUUACAUUAUUCAGGAAACUUCCAAAUGUCAAUAGAUGUUAAAAUGUUAUUGAGCAAAACUGCAUAUUUAUCUUUACAAUUAAAACGAGUUACUGGAAAAGCCAGACUACAAUUCACACGAGUACCCUACACACACUGGUCUCUGAGUUUUUAUACAGAUCCAAUUUUAGAAUUAGAUGUACAGUCGCAGUUCCAGGGUCGUCAAUUACAGCCACAGAUAAUAUCACUGAUUACGGGCCAAAUACGCAGAGCCGUCAGAAGAAAACACACGUUACCUCGUUACAAAGUGCGCUACAAGCCGUUCUUCCGCCGACUCAACGACGAAGACAUCGAUCUGUCCGAGUUUUCAUCUCUGUCCUGCUCGGGUCAGCUCGACGUUACGUUGCUGGAAGUGAGCCGCCUGAACAUCGAUUCGAGCUGGAUCGACCCGGAGAAUCUGUCUCAAAUUGAGAUACACUGCACGCUGAGCGUCGACGCCACGCCCUGGGUCUGCUUGACGCAGUACGGCGGCAUACCCUACAUGGUGCUGGAUCUGAUAAUCAGCAAGGUCAGCUCGCAACAGUUGGGCGUCGUUUUCAAGCAGGAGCAGGUGGCCGAAAUCGGCCAGAAUUGCGUCCUCGUGGAGACCAUCGUCAACGGCAGUCCGGCGGCGAUCGCGGAAAUGAAGAAGGGCGACGUCGUGGUGGCGGUGAACGGCAAAAGAGUCCUCAACAUGAAUCAGAUCGGCAAGCUGAUAAAGAGCGCGGCUCAGCGCAGAUUCAUCAUCAGGGUCGAGAGGAGGUACACCAGCGCCGAUUGGGAAAGGAGCAGUUUGUGCAGAGCCGCCGAGCAGGAGAGGAAAAAAGUGAGCGCCAAAACCGAGACCGGCACCGGUACCACUCUCAAUGUCGAGGACAAAAACACUACCAUAAAAUUCUCCGACCUGAAGGACAUGGACGCGGCCGAGAUAGCUACGGAGAAGGCUACAUUGGCAGCCGACGCCGGUAACAAACUCUUCAAGCGUCGCAAGAGCAGUGCCGCGACCCACGAAGAAAGCACGACAGCAGUGACGGCUGCAGCGGCGACAUCACCAGCAGCACCAGCAGCUGCGAGCCACCAAGGCCACGAGAGGCGAACGUCGAACACGUCGUCGAGCUCCUCGUCGACCAACGCCAGCGGCAGCCAGUGCACGAUCGCGGCCAGCACCGUCGUCGAGCCCCCCGCCCCGGCCUUCAGCCUGAACGAUCUCUACUACAAGACGAAGGAGAUGAGCUGCGCGUCGUUGGUGAAAUUCGACGAGACGCGAACGUUCCUCGUCGAUUCCGAGCAGCAGUAUUUGAACAUCGGCGUUUGGGGCCGGCAGAGAGGCGCGCCAGAAGGUCAGCAGCGACUGUUGGGCUACAUAAACGCGCCCAUGAAGUUGAUCAUCACCCAGUGCUCCAGCUCCACCACUGGACACUACCUCAAGUGGCUGUCUUUACUACCUCCGGAUUCCGCAUCGCCGGCUCUAUCGACGUUCAAACUGCACGGCUACUCGGGAUUCGAUCCGUCGUUGUGCUUCGGCGACAUUCUACUCUCGUACGUUUGGACGCCCAACAGACCGGCUCAGAACGUCGUCGAUUUCGCCGGCAAAAAAGCCACCGAGGAGGUCGUCAAGUUGCACCAGCCCAUCUUGGCCGAGGACGCGAGCAAGCAGAAGCCCCACGACUUCAUUCGCACGCACUUUCAUCGCGCGACGCACUGCGAUUUCUGCACAAAAAAGAUCUGGCUAAAAGACGCGGUGCAGUGUCGCGACUGCGGCAUGGUGUGUCACAAAAAGUGCGAGGCGCGCUGCCAGGCCGCGAGCUCGUGCGGCGCCGAGGCCAUCGCCCAGAUAGCCUUCGAGGCCGACGAGUGCGGCAGCGAGCCGAGCAUAUCCAGCGAGUCCGGCCCCGAGAUCUCGCUCACCGGCUGCGAAGAGCAAGUUCAGGGAAUGAGCACGAGCAGCAUGACGAACGUGCGCGCCAGCCUCGCCAGUACCCUGCUGGGCCUGAAGAAGGCCGGCAGCACGAGCAGUCUGACGGUUCCGGCCUCGCCGCAGCAUCAGAUCCAGCAGCAGCAGCACCAGCAACACCAGCAGAUCGGCCAGCAGACGCAGCAGCAGCAUUUGCUGGCUAACACGAGAAGUCUGCCGCCAAGUCCGAGCGCUUCACGCAAGAGCUCACUCAUCGGCGGCAGUCUGGGAAUUAAUCCAGACCUACUGGAGGGCGCGGAUCCGAGCGUCUCGGCGCCCCUCAUCGCCGGCAAUCUCGACGACUGCCUCAUGACCAAGGCCAAGGACAGCGGCAAGUCCCUGUACAAGCACCUCGAGCCGCGCCAACGCAUCGACAAGAUCAACGACAUGAUAACGAAGCUGAAAGUGUCGCUCGACGCCGAGACGACGACGCGUCAUCGGCUUUACGACAAUUACGACCUCGACAGCGAGAAGAGGGUGUCGCAGAUCGAUCUGCGAAUCCAAGCUCUCAGCGUGCUACUGCUGCACUACUGCACCGGGCUGCAGCACGCUCAGGAACAGCUGGAACGGCCUAUUUAGAGAGAGAAAUUUAACGAUAAAUUAUAUAUAAGUUAAAAAGUUGUAACGCAACGAGUCAAUUUUGCGGUGACGCGAUCGCGCUCGCCCUGAUAAUACGUAUCGCGAGAUGCAAUGUGAAUCGUCGAAGAUGUAUGAGGAAUGUUCAAAACGAGCCUUUUUUUGCUAAUGUGUUAUAAGAAAAGUACGACUAUUUUUCGAAUGCAUUCCAGAGUGAAAUAUUUGCUUCCAGUGAUAGAUAUUAUAAUGAAUGUUUUUUUCUUUCGCAAAGUUUAAGCUUCGAGAUUUAUAAUAGUAUAAAGUUUCGCACGAAAAAAAAAAGUUAAUUAAUUAACGCAAUUACGAGCACAAACGAUGGAUAACACUAGUAGUGACAUUCGAUGUCUAAGAACACCAACAAAUAUAAGACUUUUAUUCUGCAGUAGACUUUUUGACACACCGCAUCGCGUUAUAUAACAAUGUCCAAUGAUAUUAUAGAUAGCUUAUGCUGCUAAGUAGGCUUAAAUAAAUGAGAUGUACGUAAACUUCGAAAGCAUUCCGGGAAAAACGGCGCGAAUUUUCAUUGCCGCUUGUUUGCAAAAAAAAAGAAAGAAAGAAAGAAACCCGCGCAACCUCGUUAAAGAAUAUUUUAUUUUUUAUUACAGCGAAAUAUUUUUUGAAAAAUGAAUGAGUAUUUUUUUAAUCCACCGUUAGUUUGUGUCGGGACAUUUGUAAGUGGGUCGACGAAUCCACCUUAUCCAGUGAUUUUUUCUAUGAAUCGCAUAAUUUUUAUAAAAACUUAUACCUAUACAAAAACGAACUUAAAGUUUUUUCAAACGAAAUAUCUUAAGUGCUGAAUUAGACAAUCUUAAGAUGUGUGCUACGUUAAAGACAAAUAUUUUUGCUUCUAUUGCGAAUGGCGAUAAAAAAAAAAAUUAAAUAAUUAUAUCGACUGCAAACUGACUACAUUUUGCAUGCUGAUCAGUUUUCAACGAAACAAAAAAAUCGACUGAUAAAUUAAUGUCAAUGAAAAAAAACAAAAAGAUUCAACGAUUUUUGAGACUUUAGUGUCGUAGUUAAUUGUUACUCAACAUUAAUAUAUAUGAUAUAUCAAAUAAAUGUGUGUCACAAGAGAUGUCAAAUUAUUAGAGAGUGAAUAAUAGCGAAUUCAAGGAAAAAUAUAGUAUAUAUCUAUAAUAACGAAAAAUUAUGCAGAAAAUUAAAAUAGUGCAGUGUAUUUUUGUGGCUGGAUGAAUAAUUUAUUUUUCCUAUUUACCGAAACAUUUUUUACAACUGAUAUUAUUGCUUUGAAAUAAUGAUUUGAAGAAAAUCAUUUACUUUAGAAUCGAUGAGUUUAUGCAAAUUUUAUCGAAUUGAGUCUUUCAGUAUUACGUUGAUAGGAUAUUAUAUAAACUUAUGAAUUACAAUGAAUAAAUAAUAU